AUUGAUUUCGGUUCCUUUCUCACUUUUGGCUCUGUUUUUGCUUUUUUUCCCUCACCCUUUCUUUUUCUUUUGCUUCUUUGGCAUUUGCUUUACGCGUUUUGAAGCGGGUUUUAGCUCUCCUAGUGUUUCACCAUUUGCAUAUAUCCUAAGAAUAGCUUUUGGUGAGCGAGAGAUUUCUGGUUUUGGUGACAAAUUCUUGAAAGCAUUUGAGUUUGAAGAGUGAGAGAAAAGUAAGAAGCAAGCAGGGGAAGAGAGAGAAGAAAUGGCAGGAGGUGGAGGUGGAGGACACGCUCCGCCGCCCAAGCAGGACGAGUUGCAGCCACAUCCGUCCAAGGACCAGCUGCCCAACAUUUCUUACUGCAUUACUAGUCCUCCUCCAUGGCCCGAGGCCAUACUUCUUGGAUUCCAACACUACCUUGUGAUGCUAGGCACAACUGUUCUGAUUCCCACUUCGCUCGUUCCCCAAAUGGGAGGAGGAAAUGAAGAGAAAGCAAAGGUGAUCCAGACAAUACUAUUUGUCGCUGGUUUGAACACUCUAGCUCAGACAAUGUUUGGAACCCGGUUACCCGCUGUGAUUGGAGGGUCUUACACCUUUGUACCCACGACAGUAUCAAUUAUAUUGGCUGGACGAUAUAACAGCAUUUUGGACCCUGUGGAGAAAUUUGAGAAGAUAAUGCGAGGAACACAGGGAGCACUUAUUGUUGCCUCAACUCUACAGAUUGUCAUCGGUUUUAGUGGUCUUUGGCGUAAUGUCGCAAGGUUCUUGAGUCCACUAUCUGUCGUCCCUUUGGUAGCUCUGACUGGCUUUGGGCUCUAUGAGCUUGGUUUUCCUCUGGUUGCAAAAUGCGUGGAAAUUGGACUUCCCCAGCUUAUCUUUCUAGUAAUCUUCUCACAGUACAUACCUCAUCUAAUGAAAGGAGAAAGGCAGAUCUUUGAUCGCUUUGCUGUUAUAUUCUCUGUUACCAUUGUGUGGAUCUAUGCGCAUCUUCUCACUGUUGGUGGUGCAUAUAAGCAUGCACCUUCAAAAACUCAAACAAGCUGCCGAACAGAUCGUGCUGGUAUUAUAGGCGGAGCUCCAUGGAUAAGCGUUCCUUAUCCGUUUCAAUGGGGAGCCCCCACGUUUGAUGCUGGGGAAUGUUUUGCUAUGAUGUCUGCUUCAUUUGUUGCUCUUGUUGAGUCCACUGGUGCCUUCUAUGCUGUGUCAAGGUAUGCUGGUGCAACUCCUAUUCCUCCUUCCGUUCUCAGUCGUGGCGUCGGUUGGCAGGGAGUGGGCAUAUUGUUCUCUGGAAUCUUUGGAACUGGGAUUGGGUCAUCAGUAUCUGUUGAAAAUGCUGGUUUGCUCGCAUUGACACGUGUCGGCAGCAGAAGAGUUGUGCAGAUUUCUGCUGGCUUCAUGAUAUUCUUUUCCAUACUUGGGAAAUUUGGAGCUGUUUUUGCCUCAAUUCCGGCGCCUAUCAUCGCAGCUUUGUAUUGUCUUUUCUUCGCCUACGUAGGUGCUGGAGGUCUAAGCUUCCUACAGUUCUGCAAUUUAAACAGCUUCAGAACCAAGUUCAUACUUGGGUUCUCAAUUUUCAUGGGCUUCUCAAUACCCCAGUACUUCGACGGGUAUACGGCAGUAAACGGCUAUGGUCCUGUCCAUACUGGAGCUAGAUGGUUCAACGACAUGAUCAACGUGCCCUUCUCAUCGAAGCCAUUCAUUGCCGGUUUCUUGGCUUUAUUUUUAGACGUCACGUUAAAUCGGAAAGACAACCCGACCAGGAAGGACAGGGGAAUGCACUGGUGGGACAGGUUCCGUUUGUUCAAGACCGACACGAGGAGUGAAGAAUUCUACUCUCUUCCCUUCAAUCUCAACAAGUUCUUCCCCUCGGUCUAAUAUCCCCAUUAGCUCAUCGUGGGUAUUUCUCCAGUGAUCCCAUCUGCUUCUUUUUCUUGUGCCACCCUAUCCUUUUUGGGACAACAAAGCAGUAUAGAUGAAUCUGUGCUUUUCUGAAGCACUCCUUUUGAGUUGUUUUCUCCCUCUGUCAAGACUCAAACUGGUGAAAUGUUGCAUGGGAUAUGACUCAUUUGGCAUAGUGUAAAUGGCUGUUUGUUUUUAACUUUAAAAAGUUUUAUAAGAGCAACAUUCCCUACAGAAGUGGAUUUGAGAAUCUGUCUUUUGGAUUUUUUGAACAAAUUUAACAUAGUUGUAUGGUGUUUGUACUA